AUGGAUACUUGUAUUUAUCCUCCCGUAUACUUGAGAGGCGUUACUCAGCGAAAACAAAGGCGAGAGCGCACGACGUUCAGCAGAGCGCAAUUAGACGUUCUCGAGGGAUUAUUCACGAAAACAAGAUAUCCCGACAUAUUUAUGCGCGAAGAAGUUGCCAUGAAAAUAAGCCUGCCCGAAUCACGAGUCCAGGUCUGGUUCAAAAACCGUCGGGCAAAGUGUCGCCAGCAACUCCAACAGCAGCAACAACAAGCUCAAGGCCAGCAAGCCCAAACAACACCACCCAAGACUUCAUCCAGGUCUUCCCAGCCAACGACUGCCUGCAGCAAGCCCCAGCCCCAAGCUCAGCCGACUUCCAACCAGACGAACGUGACAACAACUGGUCCAGUGAACCGUCGUGCUUCCCCAGUGUCACCACCACGAGGCAAGGAGACUCCAGUGUCAAACUCCUCACCUUUGAUGUCCACCAACACGCCAGUUUACCCUCGCCUGGGCACCACUCCAACUGGAGGCAGUGGAGCCAGCAGCGCCUUGACCACUCCGUCACCUCCAUUGACUCCAGGGUCCAGCCAGCUUCCUCCGUCGUCGUAUCCUCCGCCGAUAAACCAGAUCCACCAUGGCGACUAUGGAUUCUGGAGCUCGGCAUCUCCAGGAAACGCUGGUCAGUGCUACGCGGGACAGCCCGCCUAUAAUGGCUACCAGAACCAUUAUUCUGAUAACUACUACCAAACGCAGCUCUCCCACAUGCACCACAGCCCCCAGAGCAACUACCACCACCAUCACCACCAUUCCCAGUAUCACCACAACAUGUCGUUAAGCUCCUCCAUGUCCCACCUGGGCCAUCAUCAUCUGAAUUCCCCCAACGAUAUCGCAUCCUCUCCCGGUGAUUCUUCUGACACCUACAUUCUCCCGGAGCAGAAGUACCAGGCGAUGGUCUAG